UGGUAACCUAGCAUCGAGUGAUUCUGAUGAAUUCAGAGAACUGGAGCUAGAGAGCUGCGUCGCCACCUCGCCGGCUAGCUGAUGCGGAGCUAUGUGCCGGUGGCUGGUGGGCCGUCCGGGCGUCUGACCGUGGGAGGCACGGCUGUGUGUGGUGCCCUGAUAGCUGGCGGCCAGCGCCGUGUUAGCCAACAGCUGAUUUAUGCUGAUUGCUGCGCUUUGAGGGAAUGGAGUCAAUGUCAAGUAUUGCUCCGAGUGCCGGAUCAACUACAGUGAUGGGACUUGAUGAUGCGAACAACUUCUCCAUGGUCCAAACUGGACAUAACAUACAUGUUGAAGAUCGUUACAACACAUCAAAGAGAGCCAGCAGCCUUCCCGUGGGUGGGUCAACUUACGAGCCUGAGCGUGAUGAUAGCCUGCAACCCUCAAUUGGAAUGCAAUUUGAUAGCUGGGAGGCAGGUUUGGCAUUCUAUAGAAUGUAUGCUCACGAGGUUGGCUUCUCUGUGCGCAUUUGGACACAACAUAAAGGAGAGGGUGGUGUAAUAGUUUGGAAGAAGUUUGUGUGUGCAAGACAAGGUUGGAGGAAGGAAAAGUCGGUGGAUAUAGGUCAAGUUACUCAAGAAAUGCAAAGAAAAAAGGCUAAAAGAAAUAUCAAGAUAAGCAGAUGCGGUUGUGAGGCUAUGAUGGGAUUGAAGAGGCAAAUUGACAACAAGUAUGAGGUCGUCCAGUUUGUUGAAUCACAUACACACCAACUUGUCUCACCAAAUAAGAGGCAUCUCAUCAGGUCAAAUGGAGAGGUAACUACUGAUUUGAGAAACAAGCUAUUUACAUGCAGUAAGGCAUUGCUUGGCACAUCAAAAACUUUUCGCUUGCUUAGCAUAGAGAAGGGUGGGCAAGGAAACAUUGGUUGCACAAAACGUGACUUACAAAACUGUCAACGUGAUUUCAAAGCAGCGAUUAAGGGAGCAGAUGGACAACUUAUAGUAGAUAUAAUGGAAAAUAAAAAGAAGGCCAAUCCGGCGUUCUACUUUGAUUACCAGGUAGAUGAGAACAAUAAGUUGACCAAUAUUUUCUAGGCAGAUAGUAUAUGUAGAAAGAACUAUUCAUUGUUUGGUGAUGUUGGGUCAUUCGACUCUACAUAUCGAUUCAACAAGUAUGACUUGGUAUUUGCGCCUUUUACUGGAGUUAACCAUCACAAAUCUUGUGUUACAUUUGGUGCUGCAUUUUUGUCAAAUGAGAAGAUUGCAUCAUUCAAAUGGUUAUUUCAGACUUUCUUGAAAGCAAUGUGUGGGGUUGCACCAAAGCUAAUCAUAACCGAUGAGGACCAAAGCAUGAGAAGAGGAAUAGAAUCUAUAUUUCCGACCACAAAGCAUCGACUUUGUAUGUGGCAUAUUCUGAUGAAACUCCCUGAAAAAGUUGGACCCAUCUUGAGAAAUAAUGAAGAUUUUAAACCAAAGUUCAUGGCGCGUGUGUGGGGAUCAGAGACUCCAGAUGAGUUCGAAUCACGGUGGUCUUCAAUAAUUUCUGAGUUUGGCUUAGAGGAUAAUGAAUGGUUGAAAGAAAAGUAUGAUUUACGCCAAUGAUGGAUUCCAGCAUACUUUAUGGAGUUCUCCCUUGGCGGAAUAUUGCGCACAACAUCAAGAUCUGAGAGUGAGAAUGCAUUUUUCCGUCACUUCACUAACCGGAAACUUGCCUUGAUUGAGUUUUGGGUAAGAUUUGAAACCACUUUAGAAGAGCAACGACAAAAGGAGUUGCAGGAGGAUAAUUCUACCCUUCAUACCUUGCCAAUACUUCAGACUUGUUGGGGAAUUGAGGCUCAUGCCAGAGAAGUGUAUACCCACAACAUUUUCGUUGCUUUCCAACGUGAGGUGGUGGCUGCUAGGGACCAUCGCCAUGUAAAAACUAUUGAGCAGGUUGGUGAUAUCCGAACCACGAGCAUUGCCGAUCUUAGUGGCAGGAUAAGAGUGGUCUGUUACAACACUAAUACGAAAGUUGCACAAUGUACUUGUCGAAUGUUCGAGUCACUAGGCAUCCUUUGCUCUCACAUCAUUGUUGUCUUAAAGAAUGAUGGGUGUAAUGAAAUACCAAGCCAAUAUGUGCUGCAUAGAUGGACUAAAAUGGCUGCACGACAUCUUUCCUAUGAUGCAAAUGGAAAUGAGCUGGAAGGGUCAUCUACAUCCCUUUCACCUACCAUGAAGAAAUUGUACUCAGAAACAUGCUCUCAGUUCAGCUCGGCAUUGCAUGAAGCUAAACAUUGUGAGGACAAAAUGAAAUACUUCCACAAAGUUAUUACUGAUGCUCUUGCACACUUGAGGCAUACGGGGCCAUUUGACGAGCAAAGUAAAGUUCAAGAGUUUGAAUCCUUUAUUGGAACGACAUUCCCAAGCAUCAUCAAAAUUCAUCCUCCUGAUGUUGCAAACACGAAAGGUAGUGGUAAGAGAUUGAAGAGGGUUCAGAGGAGGCCAUUAGCAAAAGGAAAAAGAGCAAGUAGUGUCUGGCAAGGUUCACCAUCAGUACAUUGUUCUAGUUACCAAGUCGGACAUGACAGCUCAAACGCAUAUCCUAACCCUUGGUAGCGGACAUCCUUUCCUUUGCGCUAAAUAAUGGAUGAAAACGGCUAUAUGGAUCUGCUACACACUUCUGCUAUGGCUAGUUGAAUCUGCUGGUGCAAUAUAUGUACAGCUAGUUGAGUCUGCUGGUGCAAUAUAUGUACACCUCCUAAUGUGGUGUACCUUGGAUUGUAAUAAUAAAUUUCGGUUGCAACUCUGGUUGUGUGCUUUAUGGUAGAUUUAUGCGUAUUGUCAUGCGUACCAUUGGCAAAUCAUAUUACUGUCAUACUAUGAGCUAUCUCGAGAUGGUUGUUGACGUGUUACCUUCUAAUUUGAUUGCCGCCUUUGCAAUUUUGGUGCUGAUUUUUAUGAGCUCAAAUCUUGAUUCAUGGACUUACUAAUCAUUUAUUUUCUUUUAAUUACCUUUGCCUUCGUAAAUCAACUUGUUGAAUGUUUCUGUUGAGCACUUCCUACGGAGCAUGUCUAUUUUGUAUGUCAUCUUGGAAAAUCCAUAUUUGUGCCAUAGAGCUGUUGCCGUAUAUAUGUGUAUUGGAUCAGUUGAAUGUGUCAGCAUGAAACAAAUACAUGAUCCGUCUUUUUUUUUUUCUGUUCCAAACCUGGCAGCACAUCUUUAUUAGAGCUAGAUAUGGGACUGUUAAAAUUAUUCUGUACUUAUAUAGGGGGUUUUCUGCAAAUUUCGCGGAUGGGGCAUCCACACUUCAUCCUGUACCUACAUGUUCCAUCCAACGGCUGUGAUGUGGUUGGUGCAGCUGGAGUACUGCAUGCUUGGGAGUACAGGAUAUGCGCGCCCCUCCCGACGGCGUCUUCCGACCUCGUCACCAGCGCCAUCGUCCUCGAGGUGACAAGGUCCUCUCCGUCCUCCACCAUUCCUUUGUUGGCAAGCAGGAGCCUCACUCUCUCGCCGUGUUUCCGGUGGACGCACAUGCGCACGCACGCAAACUGCUCGAGCAAAUGACCAUAAGAGAAAACAGAGGAGGAGCAGAGCAGCACACAGGUUAGUUCUCCAGGCAGCGCACACCCAUCGUUUUUUCUCUCAGUUCACAACUAAUGCAAACUUUUCUUUCGGUGACAAGUUACAUAAACAUUACACGGAUGGAUGGGGAUUCAUCAUUUACUCACACAUAUGGAUGGGAUUGGCUUCGCCAUUCACCCCAAGCCCCCAAGGUUGGAACUUCUUUCUGGCCAAACUUUAUUUGGACCUUAGUAGUGGGAUUCAUCAUUCACAUCCCAAAUAUUAUGGUAGAAGUCAGGCACCCGUAGCUGCACCCAGCUUCACAUUGCUGACCAGUGGCUUUGAAUUCCAGGCCCCAGAGUCCUUGUUGGUGUGCCACCAGAGCUAACACAAACAUCGACACCAGAGCUAACUUGUUAGUGACCAAUGGAAUCCAUCAGUUGUACAUACACAUUAUAUAAUUCCUAGAAUAUUUACAAUCAGGAUUGCUACUAACCAAAACAUUGUGCAUAUUUUUCUUCAUUACGAACAAACUGCUCUGAUUAAUUAUAUGCAACUUCACUCUCCAGUUGCUUUAAUCAAAUCCCAAGCCUGCAGGCCCUGAUUGGUGUGCACUGCUACCUCAAAUCCCAAAACGGACAAGAGGGAAACUCCAUGAGCAUCGAUCAAGCCUGCAACCCCUUAUUGGUCAACUUCACUCUCCAGAUGCUUUAAUUAAACAGCAACCAGCGACUUUAUAUCAUGUAUGUAUACCAUGGGGUAUCCUACACCAAGAAGAACACAUACUCAUGGCAAAAGCAGACAUGGACACGCUCCAACUAGCCUGCAUCCAGGUAGCCAUAGCCUUGCUCUUGCUUACUCAAGCCAAGAGUACCACAGAGGACACAUCUGCCCUGCAUCCAAACGGUACAAUCACCAGUUGUAUUGCUGGUGAGAGAUCUGCCCUUCUUGCCUUCAGGGCAGGUCUAUCAGAUCCUGGCAACAUCCUUUCGUCAUGGAAGGGUGACGACUGCUGCCGAUGGAAGGGCGUCUACUGCAGCAAUAGAACCGGCCAUGUUGUCAAGCUCGAUCUCGGAGGCCCUGAUCACUACGGAGGCUGUGAUGAGGGUCGGCAGAUGCUAGCAGGCAACAUAAGCUCCUCGUUGCUUGGUUUACAGCAUCUACGAUAUCUCGACCUCCACUGCAACGGGUUUGACAAGAUACAGAUACCAGAGUUCAUCGGUUCUCUCCAUCAGCUGAGAUAUCUCGACCUAUCAAGCUUACUGUUCAUUGGAAAGAUACCACCGCAGCUGGGUAAUCUCUCCAACUUACAGUACUUAAAUCUUGAUAACUCAUACAUCUGUCCUUUUUGCACGUACUCCAAGGAUAUCACGUGGCUAUCACGGUUAACCUCCCUUGAGCAACUGGAUAUGACCUACGUGAACCUCAGUACAAUUGUUCACUGGGUUCCGGUGGUGAACAUGCUUCCAACUCUGAAAGUUCUUCGUCUCCCCUUUUGCGAGCUUGGAAGUAGCCCUGAUUCUCUUUUGCUCUCAAACCUGACAUCUCUUGAAACACUCGACCUUUCAGAAAACAACUUCCAUAAGAGUAGCAGGCCCAACUGGUUUUGGGAUGUAAGUAGCCUCAAGCAUCUAAAUAUCUCGGCCAAUGAUUUCUAUGGCCUGUUUCCGGAUGAGAUAGGUAAUAUGACCUCCAUUGUGGAGCUUGGUUUAUCAAAUAAUAACUUUGUGGGUAUGAUACCUUCCAGUAUGAAGAACCUAUGUAAUUUGGAGUUAUUAGGAUUUCCAUUCAACAAUAUCAAUGGGAGUAUACAAGAAUUAUUCAAUCGGUUGCCCAGUUGUUCACAGAAUAAACUACAAUGGUUAGAUGCAUCAAACUGCAGUCUGACUGGAAGCCUGCCAACUACACCAGUAGAUUCCAUAAUCAACCUCAGCCAUCUACAGCUCCGUAAUAACAGACUCGGUGGUCAUGUGCCAGUGUGGUUAGGGGAGCUCACAAAUCUAGCAAUGUUGGACCUUAGCUCCAACAACCUGGAUGGGGUCAUGCAUGAGGGGCAUUUUUCACGUCUAGAGAAGUUAUACACAUUGGAUUUGUCAGAUAACUCCAUAGCCAUCACAGUUAGUCCAACUUGGGUUCCUCCUUUUAGUCUAAGAGAAAUUUACCUUCGGUCCUGCCAGCUAGGGCCUAAAUUUCCAGUGUGGCUGCGAUGGCAAAAACAAGUAAGGGCUCUUGAUAUAUCGAACACAAGCAUCAAUGACAUGGUACCGGAUUGGCUUUGGUUUGCAGCUUCCUCAGCUGGGUUUCUCAAUCUUCGAGAUAAUCAGAUUAAAGGAGUCCUCCCAUCAACAAUGGAAUUUAUGCAUGCGCAAGAAAUGGAUUUCAGUUCUAACCAGCUUGGUGGUCCAAUACCUAAGCUUCCACUCAAUCUAAUCGGACUGGAUCUCAGUCGGAACAAUAUAGUUGGACCACUGCCAUCAGACUUUGGAGCGCCAUGGCUUGAAACACUUGUUCUAUACGACAACAUGAUCUCUGGCGGCAUUCCAUCUUCUUUGUGCAAGUUGCGAUCAUUGCAGCUGUUAGAUCUGUCAGGAAAUAAUCUCAAUGGGUCAAUAACUGAUUGUGUAGUCAAUGAAUCCGGCACAGACAUGACAAGCCUGAGUAUCAUUAAUCUAAGUUUCAGAAACAACAGCCUCUCGGGUGAAUUUCCUUCACUUCUGCAGAAAUGCCCACAACUCAUCUUUCUUGAUCUCGGACUUAAUCAAUUCUCUGGGGCUUUACCAGCAUGGAUUGGGGAGAAGCUACUGUCUUUGUCAUUCUUACGACUCAGGUCCAAUAUGUUUUAUGGUCACAUUCCUGUCAAGCUUACGAAGCUUGUUAAUCUACAAUACUUGGACCUUGCGUACAACAAUAUAUCAGGGAGCAUACCGAGAUCAAUUGGUAAUUGCACAGGCAUGAGACAAGCAAGAGGCAACUCUGAUAAUCUUCGGUAUGCCUUGAAUACUUUUUUCCAGCUUGGUGAAAAUAAACUAGUUGACUAUACUGAGAAUUUGACAGUACUCAUGAAAGGUCAAGAGCGAUUAUACACAGGAGAAAUCAUAUAUAUGGUGAAUCUUGAUUUAUCUUGUAAUAGUCUUACCGGAGAGAUUCCUGAAGAAAUCAGCACUCUUAUAGAAUUGAAGAACCUGAACUUAUCAUGGAAUAGCUUCAAUGGAAAAAUCCCUGAGAAUGUUGGUGCCUUAAUGCAAGUGGAGUCGCUCGACCUAUCACACAACGAUUUGUCUGGUGAAAUCCCUUCAAGCUUAUCGGCUCUCACGUCAUUGAGUCGCCUGAACCUGUCCUACAACAAUCUGAAAGGAAAGAUACCAGCUGGAAAUCAACUGCAAACACUUGAGGACCCCACAUCUAUAUAUAUUGGCAACCCUGGCCUCUGCGGUCCUCCUCUCUCACAGAAUUGUUCGUCAAAGCCUGAGCAAAUUCCAGGAGAAUAUCAUGGAGUUGCAAUUGACGACGUGGUUUCGUUUUUCCUCGCCUUGGGCUCUGGAUUUGUGAUGGGUCUCUGGGUGGUCUUCUGCACCUUCUUGUUCAAGAGGAGAUGGAGAGCUGCUUGGUACUCACUCUGCGACAGCUUGUAUGAUUGGGUUUAUGUGCAAGUGGCUGUUACCUGGACUUCCUUGAGAGGUAAAAAUAAUGGGUAGGAGCUGAGAUGAGAUUACCAGCUGGUUCUUGGUUUGCUCUCAUGUAAUUCAAUAAAUGUUUUUGGGAUAUAUCAUGAUUGUAUCAAUCGAUGUUCAAGUGUAUUGUACUAGAACUAUUCAGGUUAUGUAUUCAAGGUUUGUAUGCUGUUUUCGUAUUGUACUAGAACCAGCAUUGGUUCUUUGGUUUGCUGUUGAAAUGUAAUUUAAUACUCUGGAGAUUUAUCAUGAAUGUAUCAAUCGA